CCACGCGCACAACAUGGCGCCUGAGGGGGAGACGGGGAGCGAGGGGCUGCGAGCCGGGGCUCGCCCGGCCUUGCGAAAGCCCCGCAGCGCCGCUUCCUAGCGGGAGCUGCUCCGGGAAUUUCCUUGGCGCACGGACGGGACUUUCCCCCGACUUUUUUCGCCGGCGGCGACCCCCUGACAGAGCCCCGGGAGCCCCCUGCCCGCCGAGGCGGCUACCGCCCCGCGGAGCCGAGCUGAGGUGCCCGGCCCGUCCCCUCAGCCCCCAGCUGCCGAGCUGGCCCCACAGAAAUCGGGGUUGGGGAAAGCAGGAGCAACCCCUGCUAACCAGGGGAGCUUGUGGAGUUUGAUCAGGCGGAGAGGGGGUCGUGGUAGGCUGGACAGAUGUGAAGUGUCUUUGGGGUUGGUUUAGUUCUGGCUGGGUUACUGGUGGAACGUACCUGGAAGGACAGCCAGCGAGGAAAAAGUCUUAAAACUAUACAAAAGUAAAGCACAAGUUAUGUUUGAUUAUUAUUUGUGAUAUUUAUUAUACAUAUGUGUACAAUUAUACACCGGGGAACUCUAUAUGGGGACACAACCUCAUUGCACUGGGUUCGGUGCACUCCUGGACCAGAAAUUACAGAUCUAACUGCAGAGUGAAAACCGCUGGAUGCCACUGUACCAGGGACAAAAAGAUGACUUCAGGAAGUGUGAUAGAGAGCAGACUCCCUGUGUUAGCACCUUAACCACUCGCAGCUGUCACUGUAAAGGCACAGUGAUGAAUUCGUGUGAAAUAUGCAGGAGUCGGAACAAGAUGAAAGUAGAGGAGCCUAAACUGCAGAGUCAAGAUGCUCAGUGCCAGCAGUGGUGGAUCGGAAGCCUCGUGAUAAUGGUGAAUGUAAAAUUCAAGACUUGUGGAGAAGGUUGCUGGGGAAAAAAUGCCACGCUUGUGAGCCAUAAGCACUCUGAAGUCAUCAUGUAAAUAUGUGCCUGAUCGUGGGCCUAUGCUCUCCUGAGACCUGCCUGCAAUACAGAAAAGAAAUACAAAGAAGAAAGAAAUGCCAUCGAUGGGGCCUGGGCAGGGAGGCCGAUUGCCUCAGGUGGAGCCAUGGGACGCCGUAGGCCACGGGACAGGAGGCCAUGAGACACCGGAGCCAGAUGCUGCUUGGUCAUCUGGCAGGAUUAAUUCUGAUGCGUGCUUAUUCACAUUUUCAUAGGACUGCCUUACCUAGCAGGUGAAGGAUUCAGAACGAUGGCCUCAGAAGAACAGGUCUGGCCAGUCCCAAUGAAGGCAAUUGGAGCACAAAACCUUCUGACAAUGCCUGGAGGAGUGACCAAAUCAGGAUAUCUUCAUAAAAAAGGAGGCACCCAGCUGCAGAUCUUGAAAUGGCCACUGAGAUUUGUGAUUAUCCAUGAGGGAUGCAUUUACUACUUUAAGAGCAGCACAUCUGCAUCUCCACAGGGCGCAUUUUCUUUGAAUGGUUACAACAGGGUUAUGCGGGCAGCUGAGGAGACGACAUCAAGCAACGUGUUUCCUUUCAAGUUAGUUCACAUUAGCAAGAAGCACAGGACGUGGUUUUUUUCUGCUUCAUCUGAAGAUGAAAGAAAGAAUUGGAUGCUAUCCCUGAGGAGGGAAAUCGAUCACUACCACGAUAAGAAAGAAACAAUAACAGAAUUCAGUGACUCUGGUUCUGAUGCAGACAGUUUCUACGGCUCAGUAGAACGUCCCAUUGAUAUCAAGUAUUCUCACCACUCAGCAGAUAAUGAAGAUUACGACCAGGAGGAAGAGGAUGAGUCUUACUUGCAACCAGAUACUUCUGACAUAGUGAAAGAUGAUAUCAUGGUGCUGCCCCCAGCCUACCCGCCUCCACCAGUUCCUCAUGUCAGAAAAGCUGCCUACUCAGAAUCCAGGUCACAUUCUUUUGCUGGCAAAUCUGCUGGACCAGCACCACCACCACCUCCUAAAAGAAGCCUACCUGACAUCAAACCAGAGGAUCUCUUCAAUGUGAGAGAACCCCGAGCUGAAUCUAAUCUAAAGAUUCAAUCCUCAAACUGGAGACCAAGUGAACAGCCACCCCCUGUGCCCCCUUUACCUCUUUUCAAAAAGCCCAUGUGUAGCAAAGAAUCUUGCUCGCUGCCUCCAGAACCUCUGCCUCUAUCGCACGUUCUCACCACUCCAGAAGGAUGUGAGAAACUAAAAACUCUAAACCUUUCACCACGAACUCCUCCUCCAGUGCCAAGCAGUAAACCCAAGUUGUCCCAGUUAACUGAAAGAACAGUAGAGAGCAAGGUGCCAAAAGAACAUGGUAAACCUGGACUGUUUGUGCCACCAGUGCUUCCAAAGCCACCCGUGCCUGGCCACCAGCAUCCUGGAUUCAAACCUAGGCCAGAGAAGCCUUCAGGCCCCCAGUUACAGAGAUCACCACCAGAUGGGCAGAGUUUUAGAAGCUUCUCAUUUGAAAAGCCAGCAGUGCCCUCCAAGCCAAACCAAGCAAGUGAUGAUUCUGAUGGUGACUACGAAAAAGUUGGGCUGCCUACUUCAGUAUUUCUUAAUACCUCUGAAUCCUUCGAAGUUGAAAGGACAUUCAAAGCUACUAGCCCAAGGGGACAGCCACAAAAUGGAUUAUAUUGCAUUAGGAACUCAUCUACAAAGGCUGGAAAGGUAUUGGUUGUAUGGGAUCAAUCUGCAGAAAAAGUGAGAAACUACAGAAUAUUUGAAAAGGAAUGCAAGUUUUACCUGGAUGCAGACAUCAUGUUUCUGAACAUGGGAAGUCUGGUUGAAUACUACAGCACUCACGUCUUACCUAGUCAUGACAGCCUGAUUCUUCGGUGUCCUUAUGGUUACUCUAAACCAAGGUGAUGUGUCUGGCAUAAUUCACUGAUGCGGAGGAGAAACAUGUUCCUUACUGUCCUUGAAUUAAGUGUGAACUCCUACCACAUCUGGAUUUCCUGUUGUUUGCACACAGAAACUGAAUCUGUUUCAACCACUUGUUCUCAUAUGAACUAGGACUCCGUUUAAUGAACUCUUUAAAACUUUGCAAUCCAGAUCAGUGGAUUUGAUGACCACUUUCAGAAAGAACUGAACUGACUUUUCUGCGAAGUCCGUCCGGGACUCAUAAACCUUUUAUAAAACUGCUGCUAUUACGAAUCUCCUUGGAAUGUGGAGGAGAACAAUGUCCACAUGAACAAAGAAGUGUUGUGAACGCAACCCAUGUGGAAACGGGAAACUUCUGAAAGUACAUCAGAAUUCAUUUGUGACGGGGAAUACUAAUAUUCUGACUUGGAGGUAUUAUUCCUUAAGUCAGCACCGGUGCUUAACUGAGAGAUUUUUUGUAUUACUUGUAUAGUUGAUGUGUAAAUAAUGAGUCUUUUGUGCAAAUAAUUUGGUUUACUACAGGUAAAGAUGAUCAGGAAAUGUGGCUUUUUUAAAGCCACCUCAUACCUAAAUGUAACUUCUGAUUACGAUGUCUGCAGUAAUCAAUUGGGGUACUGUCCAACUGAUAUGCUUAUGGCAUCCCACAUCCUACUUAAUUCUGAACACUUGAGAUAGGCUUGGAAUAAUAUUGAUUUGGCUUUAUGGGAGUCCCAUUCCUUACUUCUGAACCAGAAAGGUAGGUGCCUAAUAUGGCUGUGAGAAAGAGAAAAUAUCACUCUGCAGUUUGUAGUUGUGUGGAAAAAUAAAAAAAGUUUUUAACUUGCUAUCAGCACUAUCAAUGAUAGGCGUUAGCAGGGUGCUUGUAAUUUUAAUUCCCUAAUACUCUGGGGACAGGUGUCUGAAAAUCAAGGCUUGAUAGUCAUGCUGAAAUUGCCCUACCCCCAAAUUUUAAUAAAGAGGAGAAAGCUGUGAAAAUAACUUUGUUAAUUCAAAAGGACUGUCAAAACGAUCUUAUUUCUAAUAAUGUUUGAGACUUGCUUUAAAAAAAUGCUGUAAAUCACAAAACAGGAGAAGUUAUCUGGUUUCUGUCAGUCUGAAUCCAGAUGCAUAAAAUUCACUUUUCUGUUACCUUUACAAAGCUUAUACAUGUCAGUUUUAAUCUCAUUACAAUUAAAUGGUCACAGCUUGAAAAAUAUAAAUUUUUUACAGACUAAGAUUUUUUGUUUAUGAAAACAAUAAUAUAGAAUUUAAUCCCUAAGGGAUUUUUUGUAAUAAGAUAUAAUAAUAGGAUACACAGAGCCAGCAGUUGUUGCCUUGGUUCCUAUCUUUUGUCUGAGACAGACAUACACAAUAUCAGUCAUAUGAUUUCUGGUCCCACUAUAAUAGGUUUUGUGAGCAUCAAUUAAAGAAUGUGCAGUACUUAAAUUUCAGAUCGUUGGAUAUUAGAUAUUUUAAGUUUGCAAUUCCUUUUAUAUUCAGUGAGUGUCCCUGUGGUUCACUACUCUGAUGUGAUCCACUCUGUAAAGUAAGCUCAGCCAACAUAGCACAUAAAAAAAUGUUGGCUUUUUAAAAUGCGUGUAUCUGUAUUUUAGGCAAGUUCUAGUUUCUUACAGUAUUUAUAAGUACUGUUUACAGAGUAAAUUGUUCUCUUUCUGGGAAUAACUGACUUCACCGCAUUGUGACAGUCAUAAUUAUAAUAUGCUAUCUUUGGGGCCUGAUUCAGGUAUUUAAUUUUUUUGCAAUCAGCUACUCUCAAGAUUUUUCAACUGUAAAAAUACCUAUGUAAUCCAGUACAUAUGAAACAUAACACUGUCUUUACCUGUAUAAUAGAAGACUUGCAAAUAUGUAAAUGUUAAUUUCCUUUUAUACAAAUGUAUGUAUUUCUGAAGUGGAUAAACUUCUAAUGCCAAUUCACCUAAUUUUGUGCAGUCUCAUUGAACUUCAUGAGUAUGUGUUCUAAUAUUCUUGCUUGUAAUUGUGGUAAACAGAAGAGAAUUUGUUUUCAGCCCUCUUGAAACAACUCUUUGUGCAAGCAACACUAUGAGAAAUUGGGCAUUCUGGUCAUCAGUGUGGCUAGGGGUGGAAAUUAGCCAUUUAUCGUUCACUUGAUCUAUGGACACAAAGUGCAGGUAUGACCAUAAAAAAAAAAAAAGGCAUCUCAAAGGAACAGUCUCUAAAGGACUUCCUCAGCAGCUUGCUGGGGAGAACAGGGCCUUUCCAUUUCCCAGCACCCAACAGCCCUUCUGUUCACAAACGUCUGAUACCUCCAGAAUCCAAAGUGGGCAGUACUGGUAGGGACAUAUUAGGUAAUUCCUCCAUCCCUCCA